CACAUUUCAAAUCUAAUAAGAACACACUAUACACUAUUAACCAUGGUUAACUACACUAUCUCCUCACUAGUAGAGCAAGAUUUAAUGAAAGAAGAGCCAAUUUCACUAUUCUCUCCAUCAAAUCCAAAGCCAAUAAAAACAAUAUUCCUAUCAAACAUUGACCAAACACUAAGUUUUCCAGUUGAAACAGUUUUCUUCUAUAAAGUUCCACCAAACAUGCCCUCUUCUUCAACAGCUGAUAUAGCUGAAAGGGUUAGAAAAGCUGUUGAAAAAGUGCUUUUGAUACCAUACUAUUUCAUGGCUGGGAGACUCAACUUUAAUGGUGACACUAAGAGACUUGAGCUUAUAUGCAACAAUGCAGGCGCCUUGUUUGUUAGUGCGGAAUCGAGAUUUUCGGUCGAUGAUCUCGGCAGUCUUUCUCAGCCUAAUCCGAGUUUUCAUCGCUUGGUUCAUCGACAAGGGCUGUACCAAAAAAGCCUUGCUGAAACUGCAGUUUUCACUAUUCAGGUAACAAGGUUCGAAUGCGGUGGAUUCGCACUAGGAUUCAUGACAAACCACGCGAUUCUCGACGGAAAAUCAGCAAGCGAAAUGUUCAACAAUCUCGCGUCGAUAUGCAGAGGAGAAGCUCUAAAACCAAACAUCAUCAACAAUGACAGAACAUGCAUAAGAGCAAGAACUCCACCUCAAAUCCACUUCCCACACAACGAAUACGUAAACCCUACUACUAAAACCUCGUCGCGAUCGAUCGCCUCAUCGUUUACCUCCCGAGAAAGAACAUCUCCUUCUCCACUAAUCUUCUCCGACAAGUACAAACACAAACUCUUCUCUUUCACCUCGGAAAUGCUCAAAAAACUCAAACAAAAAUCCACCGUCAAAUGCUCGACUUUCGACGCGAUCUUAGCCCACAUUUGGAAAGCGAGAACAAAAGCAAAUUUCAACCACAAAGAUCAAGAUCAAGAAUCAAGGGUUCUCUUUGCAGUUGACAUAAGGGAUAAGAUAUCACCGCCGCUACUAAAUUCUUUCACCGGAAACGCCGUAGUAACAGGCUUCGCGACCGCGAAAGCACGCGACUUGAUCGAGAAGCCGUUGUCGUUUGGCGUGGGGAUGGUGAAGGAAGGGGUAGAGAGAGUGACGAGCGAGUACGUAAGGUCCGUGAUAGACUGGCUUGAGGUUUAUAAAGGGAUUCCGGCGACUUCCGGCGGCGGGUUUUACGCGUCUGCAUGGUGGAAACUUCCAUUCGGGGAGGUCGAUUUCGGGUUCGGGAAACCUAGACAUGUUGGUCCGGUUGUUAGUGGGAAUGAUGAGUUUGUUCUCUUCUUGUCUGAUUAUGAUUAUGAUUAUGAUUAUGACUAUGACAAGAGUUGUUGUGAAGGGAAAGGGAUUAAUGUGUGGAUGGGGCUUGAAAAGGAGAAAAUGGACAAGUUCUUGUCUUGUGUUUUUGAUAUAUGAAUUAUACGACUGACGAAUUAGAUGUUACAUCUGGUUAUUUAUAUCAGGUGGAUUUGAAUCGUUAACUUAAUUAAAUAAUUAUCCACUAAACACACAUACACAUAUGUGUAGAUUUACGAUUUAAAUCCAUCAAGUGUAUCAUCUAAUUUCCGUCAUACGAUGGAUCUAUUAAUGGAAAUUUCUGAAUUCCAUCGAUUUCGAUGCGAAAAUUCUUGAU